AUGGGUAGCGUCAUCCCUCCCUCCAAGAAGGCAAUCAUCGGAAUGAUGACUUCACCUACUUUUCUAUCAGUAAGAAUUCGGUCUGGGGCACAGUAUUGCAGGGCUACUCCCUGCGGAAUACGUAUGGCUGCUGUUCCUGCUCAGAUCCCUGAUGAGUUCAGUCCUGGUCCCAUUGAGGAUUCAGUGAUAAGGUUUCUAAAAGAUCAUCGAUCGUGUGCUGUUUGGGAAGGCAAGGAUCUGGGGGCACUGAAAUGUCGUGGUCGUAAUGACGAGUUGCGAAAACGACGCUCGAUAGUGGUGGAUGAUCGCAUCCUCGACAUUGUCAAGAGAGUUAGAUUAGAGGGGCUGUAUAGGACCCCAAGUAAAGAGAUUGAUCAUAACUUGAUAACGGCCUUCGUUGAGCGAUGGCGGCUUGAAACCCACACCUUCCACCUGCCACAUGGUGAGACAACGAUCACAUUACAAGAUGUGGAGGUUCUUUUGGGGAUUCCAAUCGAUGGUGAGAGUCUGCUUGGAAUUGCUACUAAUGCUAUGGUGCUUAAAGGACAAAGGAUCCUAAUUAAUAAGCUACUAGAAAAAAUUGACCAAGGGUUGCCCGAUGGUGCAGCAAAGGUGGUUGUGCAUCAAUAUGCACGGUGUUAUAUUCUAGCACUGCUGGCAGACACAAUUUUCGCCGACAAGUUUGGCAAUAGGGUGCAUACGAUGUGGUUGCAGAUGUUGAGGAACCUUCACAAUCCACCUCAGUACAGUUGGGGGAGCGCUUGCCUUGCAUGGUUGUACAGAGAGUUAUGCAGGGCAACCGACGGAGGUGCUAGUCAGAUUGGUGGGGCUUUGCUACUGGUUCAGUAUUGGGCAUGGUUCAGAUUCCCUUUUUUGUGCCCAAGGAAGGACCUCCCACCAGAUGAUGCAUAUGACCCACCAUUUGCACCUUCUCCACUGUCCAUUAAGUAA